AUGUCCGAGCCACGAGAAUCUUCACCGACUCCUUCUGAGCGAGCACGCAAAGACGAAGAAGACCGCAAACGAGAAGAGGAAGAACAAGCCAAAUUACCCUACAAAUGGACGCAGACACUGGAAGAGGCCGAUGUCAAUGUCCCUAUACCCGGCAACCUCAAAGCGCGCGACUUGAUUGUGGAACUGAAGAAGACACAUAUCAAAGUGGGUAUCAAGGGACAAGAACCUAUAAUUGACGGCGACUUCCCCCAUCCUAUCCAAACCGACGACUCGACCUGGGUCCUAUCGACUAAACCCGAUGGGAGCAAAGAAAUCGUCAUCAACCUCGCCAAAGCCCGCGGUUCGUACUGGUGGGCACACAUUGUAACGUCUGCGCCGAAGAUCGACACCACCAAGAUCCAGCCUGAGAAUUCAAAGUUAAGCGAACUAGACGGUGAGACACGCGGUAUGGUCGAGAAGAUGAUGUAUGAUCAGGAAAUGAAGAGGCAGGGGAAACCCACGAGUGAUGAGCAAAAGAAAGAUGAGAUGCUGAAGAAGUUUAUGGCACAGCAUCCGGAGAUGGAUUUUAGUCAGGCGAAAAUUGGUUAG